AUGGAGUCGACGUUGGGUGCUAUUCUGCUUCUUGCUGGUGUGGAGGCUCAACAAGGAGUGCCAUAUCAAGUACAGCUCCAUAUGGGGGCAAUUCACCAACUCCUCGAAGUAUGCCAAAGAAAGGGUGUUUAUUUGAGCGACGGGAUCAAGCGUGCAAUAUUCUGGUCGGACUUGAACGCUGCAGUCAUGACAGGGUCGAUCCGGGUCGUUGAUCACACAACCUUCUCCGAGCUCCAUUGGGGAAGAGACCCUUUCUCUCCUGAAUUCUUCACGUUACCGCCAGGUUUCCAAGUCCACUCUCAUUUACUUGGCGAAAAGUUUGUUGAGAUACUCGAAGACAUUUAUGCUUUGCAAUGCAUUCGAGACUCAGCCCUUUUUGGCAAAGAGGAUGUAAUAUCAAUGGCCCAUAUUGAUAACCAUCAGGGCUCGAUCCAGUCAAGGCUGGUAGCUCUGCCAAAUCGCUCACCCAUUUCGAAUUGUUGUCACAUUGCGGCAUAUCUAUGCUCAACCAUGCUGCGCUGCAAGAUUUGGCGCACUUCGACCAUUCCAUCCCAUCUCUCCCUGAAAUUGCUUUGCAAGCUCCAAAGCACAAAUGAAGAUUCAAUAUGGAAUGAUUCGCCUGAACUACUAAUCUGGCUUCUGCAUAUUGGCGGGGCUUUUGCACCCGCAGGGACUAUCCGAACGGCCUACCAAGAUUUGCUGCAUUUGAACAUGAGCACUAGAUUCAGAGGUAUGUAUACGUCUUGGACAGAAUUGUGUGACAUUCUUCAGCAAUUUAUUUGGUCCGAGAAAGCAUUCAUGUCGCAGCUCAAGGCGUUCUGGGAGGAAAGUCAAGUCCAAGAUGGGGCAGAGUAG